AUGACAAGAAGAUCCGAUAUAGUGGUUGUCAUCGAUAGUCAUGAAAACUAUUAUACAAAACAUCUAUGCAUUGAUCGACACAAUUGGUCCGUUCGUGUGAAGCCAUUUGAUGGCCAGUCAUCAACUGAUGGCUAUUUAGUGCCAAACAUUGUACACUACAUACUGUUUAAAAUACAUGAGAUACAGUUCGCACAUUUUUUGUCGGUACUAUCGGUACUGAAAAACCAUAGACCCGACAGUAUAUACAUUCACUGCGAUUGUCGCCAACUGACCGGCCAGUAUUGGCAACGUUUAGUUCGGUUGGCCAAUGCCACCAAAACUCGGCUUAUUUUGCGUACAAUUGAACGACCAAUUGAUAUAUUUGGCCAACCGUUGAGCUUAUUGUAUCGCAAUUUCCACGCGUCGGACAUAACCAGAAUCCGUUUGCUUCUGGAGUUUGGCGGCAUUUAUCUCGACAGAGAUGUCUAUGUUGUGAAAAAUUUGGAUCCGUUUCGCAACUACGAGAUGACACUGGACUUUGAACGGACCGAUAACGGCACUAAAGUGUUGGCCUCGCAGACAUUGUUAGCCCAUAGAAAUGCCCGUUUUCUGAAGCUAUGGCUUAUGACUUACUGUGAUUAUCGACCCGAUCUCUGGUACUACAAUACCGGCGAAUUGCCGACCAAAGAGAUAAUCAACAAACGACCGGAUCUAAUACACGGUCUGAACGGUGAGUUUGGUGCCGAUGGUCGACAAGUUUGUCCACAACUAUAUAAUCAGUAUCGAAACGAUUGGCGACAAACCUAUUAUUCAAUACAUCUACUCAUUAGAGGUGAUAGUCUUAAUCCAGAGAGUUAUUGUCUUAAUGGUAGACGACCUGUAAUAUACCGUUUCGAUGAACACAAUGUUCGCCAAUUGAUGACAACAUUCGGCGAAAUGGCCAGAGAUGUGUUGGACUAUGAGAUAACAGUUAAUAAAUAA